AUGGGUGGCGGCGAAAAGAAUACCAGCGAGAGCUCUUAUCCCGUCCUUGCUCCUCGUCCCAAGGGCCAAUGGAUCACUAAUCUCUACCGGGAUCGCCUGAGCCAGUUCACCAGUGGCGGGCAGUAUGAGAAUGAGAACCUUCGUUCAAUGCUGCACGAGGCUGAGGUUUACGGCGAGCCUCAUGUCAAGCUUUCCGCCUGGCACGCUCCUGAUUUGACCCGGCCCACCUUCAAGGAGGCUACAUCGCACAAAUUCGAAAAGACUUCUGUCGGCCAUUCUUUUGGACCUGCCUGGUCUACUCAUUGGUUCAAGGUUGUCCUCACUGUCCCCGAAGGGCUUCGCCACAAGGAGCAUCUCGAACUUCACUGGGAUGCCAACAACGAGGGCAUGGUUUGGACUGAGGAUGGAAAUCCUCUUCAGGGCCUGACUGGAGCUGGGGAACGUGUCGAAUGGGUCCUUCCGCAUUCAUUCCGAGACGGAAAGGAGCACACCAUCUACAUCGAAAUGGCCUGCAACGGCAUGUUUGGUUGCGCUCCUGGAGGCGACUCCAUUCAACCACCCGAUCCGAACAAGACUUACCGACUGUCUAAGGCCUCAAUUGUCGCUGUGAAUCUACAGGCGAGGGCUCUCUCAAUUGACAUUUGGAUCAUCGGUGAUGCGGCAAGGGAUCUCCCAGAUAACUCCCCAGCACGACACCAAGCCCUCGACACGGCCACUAGGAUUUUGAACACCUUCGUCAAGGGUGACAAAGACUCUAUUGUCAGGUGUCGAGAGAUUGCCCAAGAGUGCCUUGGAAAGCUCGUUGAUUCACAUAAGGUGUAUGAGAAUGGACAGGAACCCGACGUAUAUGGCAUCGGCCACUGCCACAUCGAUAGCUGCUGGCUAUGGCCCUGGGCGGAGACGAAACGGAAAGUUGCUAGGUCUUGGUCCAACCAGUGCGAUCUCAUGGAUCGUUAUCCAGAGCUCCAUUUCGCCUGCUCUCAAGCCCAGCAAUACAAGUGGCUCAAGGAGAACUAUCCCUACGUCUUCAACCGUGUUAAGGAAAAGGUACACAAGGGUCAGUUCCAUCCCAUCGGCGGCAGCUGGGUAGAACACGACACCAAUAUGCCCAGCGGAGAGUCUCUUGCUCGCCAGUUCCUCUACGGUCAAAGAUUCUUCGAAAGCCACUUCGGGGAGAGGUGCAGGACUUUCUGGCUUCCAGAUACUUUCGGGUACUCGAGUCAGUUGCCGCAACUCUGUCGCCUCGCUGGUAUGAACCGCUUCCUCACUCAAAAGCUUAGCUGGAACAACAUCAACAAGUUCCCCCAUACAACUUUCAACUGGGUCGCACUAGACGGGAGCCAGGUUGUCUGCCACAUGCCGCCCGCCGAGACAUAUACGGCUUCGGCUCACUUCGGUGACGUCAGACGAAGCACCAGCCAGCACAAGUCCUUGGGCCAGGAUAAUACCUCGCUCUUGGUGUUUGGCAAGGGAGACGGCGGUGGUGGUCCCACCUGGGAACACAUUGAGAAGCUGCGCCGUUGCCGCGGUCUGACGGACAAGCUUGCUCUUGGAAAGACUGAGCUUCCUCGCGUUCAAAUGGGCCACUCCGCUGAAGUCUUUUUCGACAAACUGGAAGCUAAGGCCAGCGACUUCGUGACUUGGUAUGGCGAGCUAUACUUUGAACUCCAUCGCGGCACCUACACGACCCAGGCCAACAACAAGAAGUACAACCGACUUUCAGAGGCCAUGCUGAGGGAUGUCGAGUUCCUCGCCACCCAGGCUUCGCUUCUAGACAAGUCGUAUAAGUAUCCGAAGAAGGAGAUUGAUGAUAUGUGGGAGGCGGUAUUGCUCUGUCAGUUCCACGACUGUCUUCCUGGAAGUUCUAUUGAGAUGUGCUAUGACGAUUCGGAUGAGUUGUACGCUGAAGUGUUCAAGACCGGUGAGGCUAUUUUUAAGGAUAUAUUCCGUGUCCUCGGGGUUUCUCGAACAAGGCCUGAUGGGGCUAACCAUCCGAUUGCUCUUAACACCCUCCCUUGGCACCGCAAGGAGCUUGUGAAGGUAUCGGACGACGAAGCAGGAGUUGCCUGCGGCAUUGGCCAACUCCUGCCCGUCAAGAAGUUCAAGACCAAUCCUGGCAAGAAGGCUGUUACGGUCGAGGAAGUGCGGAAAGGAAUAUUUGUCCUUCAGAAUGACCGACUCAAGGUGACUGUUGAAAAGGGUUGCAUCACAUCUCUCUAUGACCUUGUCAACGAGCGCGAGGUUAUCGAGGCUGGCCAGAAUGCCAACAAGUUCCUAAUCUUUGAUGACAAGCCACUUUACUGGCAGGCAUGGGAUGUUGAAGUCUACCACUUGGAUACAGCUAAGGAACUGAUUGCCAGUGAGACUCGGAUCGGUGAGGUCAAGGAGUACCAAGUCAGCGUCGUCACCAAGGUCAAGAUAAGCGAGAAGAGCUCCCUGGUGUCGACAAUUACCCUCUCUGCAGCUCUCGAUGGCGUUCAGUCCUGGGUAGAGUGCCACGCCGAGGUCGACUGGCAUGAGACCAUGAAGUUCCUCAAGGUUGAAUUCCCCGUCGAAGUCCGCAACACGGAGGCCUCGUACGAAACGGCCUUCGGAAUUACUAGGCGCCCAACGCACUACAACACGACAUGGGACAUGGCCAAGUUCGAAGUUUGCUGCCACCGCUUCGCAGACUUGUCAGAGCCUGCCUACGGUGUGUCCAUCCUCAAUGACAGCAAGUACGGAUUUUCCACUUGCGGCAACCUCAUGAGGCUGUCUCUGCUCCGAGCACCCAAGGCACCUGAUGCGCAUGCCGACAUGGGCAAGCAUUCGAUCAAGUGGGCGAUUUUCCCACACGCUGGCGCCCUCGGUCCUGCCACUGUCAAGGCGGCAUACGCUUUUAACAACCCCCUGAGGCCUCUCGCCGCUCCUAAGGAGAAGAUCGAAUCGCUUGUUGGGAAGUAUCCUGUUACUCUUACCGGAGAUGAGUCUUUGAUCCUCGACACCGUAAAGCGAGGCGAGGAUGAUGAAGACGUGAGCCGCGGGGAGCUUCCCCGACGCAAGGGACGCAGCGUCAUCCUUCGUGUGUACGAGAGUCUGGGCAGUCAAAGCAGGGCCGUCAUCCAGACGAGCUGGAAAGUGAAAAAGGUCUUUAAGACGAACAUUCUCGAGGACGACCUCGAGGAGAUUCGCACGGAGAGUGCAGGAAAGUUUAAGAUCACUCUUCGCCCGUUCGAAGUGGCCACCUACCGUCUUCAGCUUCAUGACGGACGUGGAGAGCUUUGA